CAGCCAUGAAGAACGUUCUACAUUUGGCCCCGUUUGUAUGUGUAAAGUGACCCGAAAGGUGAUUCCCUCGUCACUUGUCCCUCUGCAAAACUUUCCAGAGAAUGGUGCUCAGCGUAAGUUAAUCUGUAACCUCUGCUGUGCAUUCAAGAGGCGGCAGCGGCUGGCAGACGGGCGCCGGACUGGUUUCAUUUCGGUAGCAGAGGAGUGCGGCUCAAAGACCUGAGCCGGAUAGAGAGAGCGGAACAAUGUCUUGGAAUAGAGAUGGGUUGGACUGCAUGUCGGAGCCGGAAAAAAGCCAGUUGAAAAGGACCUUGGAGUUGGGUGCCGUUAUGACUGUAUUUAGCCUGAGAAAGUCUCAGCCCGAGAGGAGAACCUUGCAGGUGAUCAUGGAAACUCAACAACUGUCCUGGAACAGGACGGCGGACAAGAUCGAGGGUGUCCUUGAUUUACAAGAGAUCAAAGAACUCCGCCUUGGGAAAAACUCGAAGGACUUUGAGCAGAUUUCAAAAGAUCAAAGAGACAAAUACAGCGAUGAUGUCUGCUUCACAGUGUUCUACGGCUCUGAGUUUGUUUUGAACCAUCUCAGUUUGGCAGCUAAUUCAAAAGAUGAAGCUUCCAAAUGGGUAAAGGGACUGGAAAUCCUCUACAAAGAAGCUCAAAAUGCACCAACACCCUUACUAAUAGAAAGCUGGCUGAGGAAGCAGUUUUAUUCUGUGGACUGCACAAGAAGAAACAGCAUCUCCCUCAAGGAGUUGAAGCUAAUGCUACCUCAAGUGAAUUUCAAAGUACCAAACGUGAAGUUCCUUAAGGACAAGAUGGGGGACAUGGGAAAUUCUAAGGAUGAUCUUAGCUUUGAACAGUUUCACCAAUUCUACAAGAACCUGAUGUUUGAAAGCCAGAAGAUAAUUCUUGAGACCUUUAAAGUAGAGGGAUCUGUAUUUAUUCUUGGAAGAACAGAUAAACCCACUGCUUCAGUUUUGUACCUUCAUGACUUCCAACGGUUUCUGCUCCAUGAACAGAAGGAAUCAUGGGCCAGUGAUGUUAAGAAGGUUCGGGAGCUGAUGACUAGAUGUAUUUAUGACACCUACAGAGAAACAAAUGAGCCCUUCUUCUACGUAGAUGAGUUUCUCUCGUAUCUGUUUUCAAAAGAAAACACAAUCUGGGAUACCAAGUAUGAUUCUAUCUGCGUCCAGGAUAUGAAUAAUCCAUUGUCACAUUACUGGAUCUCAUCUUCACAUAACACGUACCUCACAGGAGAUCAGCUUCGCAGUGAUUCAUCUACCGAGGCAUAUGCUAGAUGCCUGCGGAUGGGAUGUCGAUGUAUUGAACUGGAUUGUUGGGAUGGACCGGAUGGCAAACCCAUAAUUUAUCACGGCUGGACGCUUACAUCCAAAAUCAAGUUCGAUGAUGUUGUUGAUGCCAUCAAAUCUCAUGCGUUUGUUUCAUCAGAGUAUCCAGUCAUCCUUUCAAUUGAAGAGCAUUGUACAAUUGAGCAGCAGCGACAUAUGGCCACCAAAUUCAAGGACACAUUUGGGUCUAUGCUUAUAACCAAACCAAUUGAAGCAAAUGCAGAGCAGUUACCAUCCCCGGCACAGCUUACAAACAAAAUUAUCAUUAAGCCAUUUAUCAGAUUGACAGUCUGCGAUUACUCAUUCAGGAAAUUUCUGCCACCUGUUUCAGCACAAAAAUUAGAUUCCCAGCAAGAGACGCUUCUUCCACCAUAUACACCCAGUUUCAAGGAGCUGGAAAAGAAAUCUGGAUUUCUCUAUCUACUGGAUCUAAUCGAUUUGAAAUGGUACAAACAUUAUUGCGUAAUAGUAGAUGGCAAGCUGUAUUUUGCAGAUCCAAGUGAUGAUGAUAAUGAAUUCACAAAAACAUCAUGCCAGAAAAUUGAUAGCAUGAAUCGUCACUUUAAUGAGAAAUGGUUUCAUGGGAAAAUGGGCAAGGAUGGCAGACAGAAAGCAGAGAAGCUGCUGCAGGAGUUCUGUGCAGAAACAACAGGACGAGAUGGAACGUUUUUGGUCCGCGAGAGUGAUACGUUCCCUGGAGACUUCACCUUGUCAUUUUGGAGGAACGGAAGGGCUCAGCACUGUCGCAUUCGCUCUUUCACAGAUGAAGAGGGCACUAAAUAUUUUCUGACUGAUAAUUUAACUUUCGACAAUGUCUAUGACCUAGUGCAAUACUAUCAGAAUACACCUUUACGAUGCAGUGAAUUUGAAUUAUGUUUGACCGAAGCAGUACCGUGCCCAAAUCCUCAUGAAUCUCAGGAAUGGUACUACAAAAAUCUAAGUAGGGGAGAAGCUGAGGACAUGCUAAUGAGGAUACCCAGAGAUGGGGCCUUUUUGGUUCGAAAGCGGGAUGAGCCCAAUUCAUAUGCUAUUACCUUUAGGGCUGAGAGUAAGGUUAAGCAUUGUCGCAUUAACUAUGAAGAAGGAAAGUACAUACUGGGCACCUCAGCAGAGUUUGACAGCCUCGUGGAGCUUAUCAGUUAUCAUAGAAAACAGCCAUUAUAUAGAAAAAUGAAACUCCGUUAUCCAGUCACGGAAAAAAUGCUUGAGCGUUACAGUGUGGAAAAAGACUAUGGCAGCCUCUAUGGUAUAAAUUACGUGGACCCAAAUGAACUUGCACCUUUGAAGGGUUCAGUGAAAGCUCUGUACCAUUAUCAAAGUCAACAACAAGAUGAACUGAGUUUUCCUAGAGGCGCCAUCAUCCUCAAUGUCAAAAAAAACGAUCAAGGAUGGUGGAAGGGGGACUAUGGAGAACAAAUACAAAAAUACUUCCCAGCCAACUAUGUGGAAGAAAUAGCGGGUGAAAUUCAAGAAGACAAUAACAGCCAGAUAACAGAAGAUAAUCCCCUGGGAGUAUUUUGCAGAGGAAUUGUAGAACUUGCUAACUGUUCUGUUGUUAAGCAGACAAAUGGGUUGCAUGAGAUGGCUUUCGUGUUCACUAUUCAACCUAAAGUACCUGUGGAUGCAUCGUCCCUGGAUAUUGCUACAGAAUCGCUGGAAGAUUUGUUUUCAUGGUACCAUGAAGUGGUACAAUGUUCUCAGAAGAUAUACGUACAGGAGGAGAAUCGAAAUGAAAUGGAGAGGAAGCAACAGAUUGCCAAAGAAUUGUCUGAUUUAGUUGUGUACUGCAGGCCAGCAAAGUGCAAAGAUUUUUUUCCAACUGCGAAAGACAGCAUUGAUUACAAAGAAAUAAGAUCAUUUGCAGAAAACAAGGCAGAAGCUAUCCUCAAACAAAAAUCCAAAGAGUUUCGGGAAUACAACCGUAAACAACUUUCCAGAAUCUACCCCAAAGGCCAACGUAUUGAAUCUUCCAAUUACGACCCAAUUUUGCUAUGGCAACAUGGAUCCCAAAUGGCAGCUCUAAAUUUCCAAACGCCAGAUAGGUCAAUGCAGCUGAAUCAAGCUUUGUUUAGUAUGAAUGGAAAAACUGGAUAUCUGCUACAGCCUGAAUCUCUGAGGAGUGACAAUCCAAAUAAACACCGACCAUAUUCCAUUAAAAUAAAACUUCUUGGUGCCCGUCAUUUACCCAAACCUGGUAGGAGUAUAGUUUGUCCUUUUGUAGAAGUGGAACUGUGUGGGCCUGAGAAUGAAAAUGAAAACAAGAAGUUCAAGACAGUGGUGAUAAAUGAUAAUGGCCUGAAUCCAGUUUGGUUAGGAGGAACUGAAGAGCUAGAUAAGGAAUUUAUCAUCCAAGAUCCCUCUUUAGCUUUUCUCCGAUUUGUUGUGUACGAAGAGGACAUGUUCAGCGACCCAAACUUUUUAGCUCAUGCCACUUUCCCCAUCAAAGGAAUCAAAUCUGGUUACAGAUCUGUUCCUCUUAAAAAUGGUUACAAUGAAGAUAUUGAAUUAGCAGCUCUUCUAAUCCAGUGUGAAGUGAACCAUUUAGGGGUAGGUGAAGAAGAACUUUAUUCCUCGCGUCAGCAGUUACGGCAGCGGCCUGUUGAAGGGUUAUAUGAUACUGCCCCAGUUAGGCAACGGACAUUAGAAGGAUUAUAUAGUACCAGUGCACCCCGUCAGAGGCAAACAUGUGAUCCAAUGUUAUACGAUUCCAACACAUUGCCAGUUGGCAGGAGCGGAGGUCAGAGGGAACAACUGCCAGAAGUUCCAAAGAGGAGGUCAGGAACAGUCUCAUCCCCAUUAAUCCCAGUGAGGCAUCCUUCCACCAUUUGGAAAGGUGCCAACUGCUGUCUGCCCAGGGUGUCUACCUACUUCAUCUGGUAGCUCCUUUUAUUUUGUGAGAAUCCCAACUAUUCAAACUGCUGCCUGAAUUCACUGGUCAGUUCUGCAGGCA